UUCCCUUACCUCACACUUGUUCACCUCUCAUGUCUCUGUCUGUUGCAAUGUUGCAGGAUGGCAGAACGUACAAGCAUUGUGACACCUGUAACUGCUGUGUCAAACCCCAGUGGUCACACUGCUUUAAUUGUGAGAGAUGUCUUCCCUCACCUCACACUUGUUCACCUCUAACUGAAAAAGAACCAUGUAAAAAAGAAAAUAUAACGCCCAGGCACAAACGGAUGAAGAUAAUGAAGAUCAAAACUAAAUCUAAGUCGGUGAAAAGAAAUAUACAAAAUGUGAUGAGGAAUAAAAAAAGUUAGAAUUGUUAA